AUGCUGGUCACGCUGGACAGACAUCUUCGCGAUGUGUCCGGCGCGUCGCCAGAGCUGGUCGCGGUCCUGGAGGCACUGGAGUGCAGCUUUCGCGAGGUGUCUCUGCUGCUGCGGCACGGCCUCAGGACGGGUGGUGACGCCAAACACGGGAGUGGCGUGUGGCAGCGGGAGGUCCUCAAGCUCGAUCAAAAGGUCGCCGAGAUCAUUCUCGCAGCUUUGCGUGGCACUCGCACGCGAGUAGUCGCGCUUGGGACGCACGAGGGCGUCGUCGAGCUCGAGGGCGAUAGCAGCGGCAACGGGAUUGGGUUGGAUGCAGCGCCGCCUGCACCGGCUCCGGCAGUGUCAGCAGACCCGUACGACUACUACUGUGCACCAACGUCCCCUGCGACAAGCCCGUGCGUGAGGCGCUUUGCGGUCGUGGUGGACCCGCUCGGGGGCGACGCGGAGAAGGCGGACGCGGGCGCGUCGUCGGGGACCAUCUUCAGUGUCUACUCGGCGCGCGCGGGCGGCGAGGAGGGCGGGACGCGCGCCUCCGUGCUCCGGAGGGGCGAGGAGAUGCUCGCUGCGGGGUACGUUGUGUUCGGCGCCGCCACGCAGCUCGUGCUCUCCGUCGGGAGGGGCGUCGACGGCUUCACCCUCCACCCCUCUCUCGG